AUGAAAUUAAAAUAUGCGUCCAUAUGGAAAAAUAUACAAAAUCAUUAUGGAGUUUGUAUUUCUUUGGAUAAAUUUCAUUAAACAAAAUAUAUUAAGAAAAACAAAAACAAAGGAAUCAUUAAAAGCAAACACCUUUGGCUAAGCUCCAUCCAAUCUAUCCAAACUCAAACAUAUAAACAUCCUCCAAGAGCUUUUACAUUAACACUCUAAAAGAAGAGAAUUAGACUAACAGGCUCAAUAGUAGUACUUAAAGCUAUUAGACAACCUAACUCAUCUAAAACAUCAAGGUCAUCCUUAAGCUAUUAAAAAGGAGAAUCUCUUUAAGUAGCACUUUAGUUUUUACUUAUCCCAUUCAAAUAAAAUUGA